AUGAUGGAUUUGGGUUCAGUCGGUAGCCAGUUCACGGCAGUUCAUGGCGACCACGGAGAAGCGCAACCGUCAAAACAAAUGCAAACCGCAAAGGAAGUCAAAAUGUACCCAUCGCCGCGUUGUUCUUGUCGAUGCUUGUCUACACUUGAUGCUAUUGCCUUUUACCACGCGACAAGAUUACAACCUUCAUCAUCAAACCACCACCAAACAUCAGCAACUCUCUGUGCAUCUCAGCCCCUGCCCGCCAAGAACAUACCUACCUUUACCCUAGACAGAAGAUAA